AUGCUGGGCUCAGGCAUACUUCUGGCGGCGAUCCUGGCCUGCCUGAGCACCAUGGUGCUGAUGUCUGUCUGGAACCAGAAGUUAUGGAAGAAGCUGCCUCCUGGCCCCACCCCACUGCCCCUCAUUGGGAAUUACCUUCAGCUGGACACGGGAGACAUGUACAAUGCCCUUAUGAAGAUCGGUGAGCGCUAUGGCCCCGUGUUCACCAUCCACCUGGGGAUCCGCCGGGUCGUGGUGCUGUGUGGGUAUCAAACUGUGAAGGAGGCGCUGGUGGAUCAGGCGGAGGAAUUCAGCGGGCGAGGCCAGCAGGCCACUUUUAACAUGCUCUUCAACGACUAUGGCGUAGCUUUGAGCAAUGGGGAGCGCGCCAAGCAGAUGCGGCGCUUCGCCAUCUCCACGCUGCGGGACUUUGGCAUGGGCAAGCGGGGCAUCGAGGAGCGCAUCCAGGAGGAGGCAGGCUUCCUCAUCAAGACCUUGCGGGGUACCCAAGGUGCCUUUGUUGACCCUACCUACUACCUGAGCCAAACUGUCUCCAAUGUCAUCAGCUCCCUGAUGUUUGGGAACCGCUUUGACUAUGAGGACAAAGAGUUACAGUGCCUGCUAAAGAUGAUGAUGGUGAUCCACGCAUUUUCAGUUUCUCCUGUGGGCCAGAUCUAUGACAUGUUCUAUUCCAUCAUGAAACACUUUCCAGGGCCACAGAGAAAGAUCAUUAAAAGCAUUCGGGGACUAGAGGACUUCAUAAUCAAGAAGGUGGAACAGAACCAGCGCACCCUGGACCCCAACUCCCCACGAGACUUCAUCGACUCCUUCCUCAUCCGCAUGCAGGAGGAGAAGAAGAAAAACCCCAACACAGAGUUCUCUAUGAAGAACCUGGUGGUGUCAGUACUGAGUCUCUUCUUUGCAGGCUCCGAAACAGUCAGCUUCACGCUCCAUUAUGGCUUCCUGCUGCUCCUGAAACAUCCAGAGGUGGAGGCCAAAGUCCAUGAAGAGAUUGACCGGGUGAUCGGAAGGAACCGGCAGCCUCAGUUUGAGGACCGCCACAAGAUGCCCUACACAGAGGCAGUGAUCUACGAAACCCAGAGAUUCGCCAGCCUUGCCCCCAUGGGCGUCCCUCGCCAGGUCACCAAGGACACCAGAUUCCGAGGCUUCUUCCUCCCUAAGGGUACUGAAGUGUUCCCCAUGCUGGGCUCUGUACUGAAUGACCCCAAGUUCUUCCCCAACCCUAGAGAUUUCAACCCUCACCACUUCCUGGAUGACAAGGGACAGUUGAAGAAGAGUGAUGCUUUUAUUCCCUUUUCCAUCGGAAAGCGGUACUGCCUGGGAGAAGGCCUGGCUAAAAUGGAGCUCUUUCUCUUCCUCACCACCAUCUUGCAGAACUUCCGCUUCAAGUCCCCAAAGGCUCCCCAGGACAUCACAGUGGACCCUGAUUCCUUAGGCUUUACCAGAAUCGUACCGAAAUACACCUUGGGUUUUCUGCCUCUCUGAGCCAGGCUUGUGCCCAGGAAGGAAGUGUGGAUGUGGUUGGGGGAAAAUAGAGGGCAGAGAGUGGACCAGAUGCAUAGGAGAGGAAGAAAGAAUAAGAGUGAGAAGGGGAGGGAUAAAUGAGAACGCUGGAAGAGAUGACCUUGAUCUAGGUAUAUUUUAUUCAUAAACUGCUUUGUCAAAUGGCAGCUCCUCUGUACAACUACUUAAAGAUAAUUUUUAAAGA